UCCCAGACGGUCGCGCUGGGAACCUCUACAUGGCUCCCACGUUUGUUUUGUCAGGGUCGUAAUGUCCAUUUGUACCCACCGGGCAUAUUUUCUGUUCCCACACACUUGCAGGAUGUCCAGGAAGCCAGCAAAGACAACAAACACGAAAAAUAUAGAUGAGUAGCUGAGCAGGACAAGGUGUCCUGCCCUGCUCGUCCGAUCCUCCCGUGUGCCACGCCCCCUCAUCUACCCCAUGUGGAUUCCCCAUGUUCACCAGUUGUUUCCUGUUGCUGUCAUUAGUUCAAUGUAUUUAGUCUGCGUUUCAGUUUCUUUCCCCAGUCCGGUCAUUAACGUUACGUGUGUUCUAUAGUGUGUUACCCCGCGAAUUAAGUCCUUUGUCCGUAUCCACGGCUUCCUUCGCCUGCUUCCCUGUGCCCAUCGUGACACAAGGUAUGUACAUCUCUGUGUUCACAUGUGGUAAUUGAGCAAAAGAAAUGGCGAAACACACUAACAAACAUGCACACACCGAAUGACAUCACUUAUUUUGUUUCAAACACUUUCCCUCUAUUUCAAGUUAGAAACAGUGUUUGGGAAAGACUUAACGCUAUCCCUGCCUUCUCCUGUCUCCCUCUCCCUCCAAAUUCCCCUCCCUUUCCUCAGGUCUCUCAGUCACUCGCCCUGCCUGCCGUGUCUGACCUUCCCUCCCUCUCCCUGUCUCCACGCCUCCCCGCUCCCUGCCUGCCUCCCUCUCUGUCCCCCGUGGUCGGCUGAGCUCGGCAGCAUGUGUUGUGGGGCAGGCGUAUGUGUCUUCUGCAUCCUGCUCUGCCUGUCCGUCGGCUGGGCACAGGGUCAGGGCCACGGCACAGACACCAGCAACUUCACCAGGCCAGUGUUUCUCUGUGGUGGUCAUCUUGUUACAGAUUCUGGUUAUUUUGCUAGCGAAGGCUUCCCCAACUACUACAAACCCAACCGGAAAUGUACCUGGUAUAUUACGGUCCCAGAAGGCCAUGUGGUCAUGCUGUCCUUCCGCAUCUUCGACCUGGAGGCUGACCCACGCUGCCGCUAUGACUUUGUAGACGUCUACAAUGGGCACUCCCGCACGGCACAGAUGCUGGGCCGGUUCUGCGGAACCUUCCGUCCUGGCAGCCUUAUUUCCACCAGCAACACCAUGAUGGUGGAGAUGCAGUCAGAUUCCGAGACGGGGGGGCGUGGCUUCAUAGCCUACUUUCGUGGGGGCAAACCACACGUGGAUGAGCACCAGUUCUGCGGAGGUCGGCUGACGAAGCCACAGGGGACAGUCAAGACGCCCAACUGGCCGGAGGUGGAUUACCCAGCAGGCAUCAGUUGCUCCUGGCACAUCUCCGUGGAACCCAACAUGCUGAUUGAAGUAAAGUUUGACAAGUUCGACCUAGAGGCCGACAGCUACUGUCGCUAUGACUACGUGGCAUUCUUCAACGGCGGCGAAACGGACGACUCCCGUCGGAUUGGCAAGUUCUGCGGCACCGAGGUGCCCAAGACUAUAGUGACCAGUGGGAAUAACCUCCUGGUCCAGUUUGUGUCUGAUCUUAGUGUGACCUCUGAUGGCUUCAUGGCCAGUUACUCCAGCAUACCCCGUGGGUCCAGAACGCCUACUGUAGGAAACGAUAUCAUCCCAGGACCCAGAGUACCAUCAGUACCUCCUCGUGCUAAGCCCAGCAAGCCCAUCGUUCCAUCCCCAGAACUCAAACCCAAAUGGAGCCCUAAACCAGCCAUUAAACCCACUGCCGCACCAGGUCAUGCCAAGGUGGUACCAAAACCAAGACCAACACCUAAACCUGGACUCAAACCCCAGAUCAAGCCAGGCACCAAACCCACUCCUAAAACUCAAACUAAGCCCAUCCACAGACCUGGAACCAAGCCUACUCUAAAACCUGGAACCAAACUCAUUCCCAAACCUGGAACUAAACUCAUUCAGAAGCCUAGCACCAAACCUGCACCCAAGCCUGGGAUUAAACCAGUUCCUAAACCAGGAAUAAAACCCAUUCCCAAGGCUGGAACUAAACCUAUUCCCAAGCCUGACACUAAACCCAUUCUGAAACCUGCAGCAAAAUCCAAGUCCAAGGUAGAUACUGAAAUGAACAAGCUGCGCCAAAACAGUACCAAAACAGUGGUGAAGAAACCUGGACCAAACCAGAAGCCUGUGAAAGCAACCUCACCGUGCCCCCAGCUGUGUAAAACGAACACUACUCUCGAGGCUGGGUUCUGCACUAGUCAAUUUGUGAUCACAGGAAAGGUAGCGGCUGUGGCUGCGAGCGCCAAGGGUGGCCUGUCAGUGACCGUGUCCGACAUCCGGGCCUACAAGCCUGGGAGGCUGGUCAUCGGCCAGGGGGUCCAAACCGCGUCCGUCAAACUGACCUCCGUCUGCCAGAAGUGCCCCAGUCUGCGCAAAGGGUUAAACUACGUCAUGAUGGGCCAGGUGGACGAGGAGGGACGUGGUGUUCUGGUCCCCAGCAGUUUUGUUCUCCCUUACAAGGCAGACCACCAGAAGCUCCUGACCAAUCUCGUGAGCCGGACUUGCUGACCAGAUGGACCAGGUGACCAAUCACAGGGCAUGAAUCCAGUCAACCAGGUGAUUGCAGUACUGCAAGCCCGGGCAAUUAAGGCUGCAAUAACCAAAUAGGAAAUGAAACUGACAUUAAGGAAACAGACAGUUCAUGAAGUCCAACAUAUUCAAGGAGGCAUUAGGCCAAAAUUAAAAACAAAAAGGAGGCCGAACUGCCUCACAGACAGCAUUGUUCAGUGAGCUUUUACAAGGCCUUUGCACAAGUGGCCUUUACGGUUUCAUUUUUCGCCAUAUAUCUUCAUAGAUAUCAUGCUUUUUAUAACUUAUAAUUGUCUUAUGUAUUCCUUUGUUGAUUCAUAAAAUAUACCUUUCGGCCAUGGUG